GCCGCCCCCCCCGACAACACACCAGACUCCAUCACCCACCAACCACCCUCACCAAAUAUUCCACCCAUCGACGCGCCUCUGCCGCAUAAGGCACCGCUACAUUGAGCCAGCCUCCGCUGUCACUUUCGUUCGCCUUCCAUCACGACGAGCGAUCUUCUCCGCGGCCCAGCAGCCCUCUUCUCAUGCCAGGUCGCGCUUUGUUUUCUCACUCAUACAAAGAACAGCAGCGCGAUUGAUCGCAUGCACGAAGCUGCGGGAUCAUAAAGUUCGGGUCGGAUCAACUGCUGGGCUCGAUCGCGCUCCCAUGUUCUUUGCUCAUCAAAGGUAGCGUAUGCGACUUUGCUCUUCGAGCACCUCUGAAAACCUCGCCCUUCGCCCUCUACGACACCAGCCAAGAUAGAAUCGCCCAAGCGGAUAGAAACCAAAGGAGCGGCUGUUGGGGGUGUGCUAGAAGCGCUGGAGAGGAAGGAAGGGUACACAGGCCCAGAUAUUAUGCCAGGAGUCAUCAUGGACAAUGGGGACAGGCCUGGGUCGCAUACGAACCACAAUCGGGAUCAACGGCUGAACGGCGUCAAUGGAGGGAGCUACACCGCGGAGAAGGGUCAAGAUAAAGGGAAAGGGCGGGCUGAACUUCAGCAGAGAAUGACACCCAUCAGCCCAACGCCUCGCAAUGGAGCUAAUGGCGCCUUCGCGGAAGCGCUGGAGGGAGAAGUAUUUACGAACCCGCCGGAUUUGCAAGAACGGAUCAACCAACUUCCCCCCGAGAUCGCGCACAUCACACACGGGUACAUGUCUUUGUCAACCCUUCUCCAGCGUCUUGCAGUUAAAACGCACGAGGACCUGAAAGCGAAGAUCUUGGAGCUCUCCCAGAUGCCGGUCCCCUCCUCUGCUGCCAAUGGAAACGCAUCCCACGUUACUUCUGUAGACGACAACUCCGCCGAUAAUGUCGCCAAGAAGUUACUCCUUUUGAAUUUCGCCCAGAAUACACACGCAGAUUGGGUGAAAGCACUGGUCAUAACGAAUUGGAGUCGGAGAAGCGAAGAUGUUAGCAAAACGAUAGAUUUGAAACUCUACCUGGAUGAUAAAAAACUCUUGUAUGAAACGGCGAUACAUGAGUUGGCCCAGCUUAAGAGGACUUUGCCCUAUUCGAGGCUACCCAAUCCAGACCUGAAAACUGCUUUACAGGUAUUAUCAACUGGAAAAGCGCCCUGGAUGCCAGAGCUUGGGUACAUUCCACCGCCUCCAUUGACCCCUGCAGAUGUGCUGGAGACGCUGGAGAAGCUAAAUACACUUCUCUCUAUACGAAUGAACCUGCAUGAAUACGAUAAUACUCCGCUGCAGUUUAAAGAUUACACCAUCGGGUCUGGUCGUGUGACUUUCAGAGUGGCUGGAGAAUUCGAGCUUGAUCUCACCAUUGCAGACGAAGAUCCGGACAAACAAUUCUGGUUCAUUGAUUUCCGGUUCCUAUUCUCGCCCACUCUCCCGGAACUUACUCCCUAUCUACGAUAUCAUAUCGAAAGCAGGGUGAAUGCAGUUCUACUCACGGAUGGGCUCCCUGGGUGCUAUAAAUUAUUGCACGAGAUGGUCCUGACCCACAAGAUCAGUGAAUGCAGAAGGCAGGCAUCCGACCUUGCUAGGGGCAAAUGGAUCGAAGGGUUGAAGGUAGAGCCUCUGAACAGAGCACUCUCUAUUCAGUACUGGCUGGAUAGAUACGGCAAAAAGGGACCCAAGAGUUGGAUCAUUCUCGGCGUUCACAGUGGGAGGCGGAAAGACGGCAGAUACGAUCCCAAAGCCACCAGCCGGCUUUUCAUACGGUGGUUCCGUGAUGGGAAGGAGGUCAAAGACGCCGAUAUACCUUUCGAUACCGUCAACAUCUCCGCCGAAGCAUUGCUGAAGACCGUCAUUGCGAAACAUAUCAAUCACAUUCUGCAAUCGACCUACGAGAAAUUGCAGCCGAGAACCCUGUUUUCGACAGGCGAAAUGGCUCUGACAUUAUCUACAUCAUCGGAUGAACCGUCAGAGUCAGAAUUGAAGAUACAAUUUGCUGGCCAACAGUACCUGUCUGUCAUGAUUGAGCCAAUCACUGGCAAAUUCAUACUCGGACCCGCAUCGCUGCUCAGUGUAAGAACGGAGUUUGCGCUCAACUCCAAAUCAAUGGACCCCGCCAACGAAGCUCACGGUUAUAUCGAGAUGCUACGCUGCGAAAUGGCUGCGGAUGAGAUCAUCACUCAUGGAUUGAGUGUUGGAUGGAUCAGAAUAAGAAAGCCAGACCUCAAACCCGAAGAACUGAAACCAGUAUUUCCAAAAGAUACUUUACAAGUCGCUUGGUUCCGUCGUACUGGCUGGAGCAAGGAGUGGUUCGUUGCGGUCAGUCUUGGUAUGAGUGGGGAGCGCUGGUGGUUGAUUGAAACUGCCGUUGCUCCCACCCUAGCCAACACUGGCAGACCCAACGCACCUCCGCCAGAGUUAAAACUCGUCAACUACCUUGAGAUACCAAUCAAAGCGACAUCACCUAUCCCUACGUAUAAGUUCUUGUCGACACUCAGCAUCUUUGCUGCGGCUCUGAUUUCUCAUUAUGCCAACCUGAAGGCACUACAUGCCCGUCGCGCUAACCACGUACUGAGGAGCAGCAAGAUAUCUUCGCCAAUACAACUUCCAUCAAUCUACGUGAAACUAUCAGAAAUCUUACCGUCAAAAAACAAGUCGAAAAGAACCGGGCAGCCGUGGGCGAGAAAUGUUGUCAAACUCACAUUUCAAGGCCUGGAGUCGCUACCACCCAUGGUUCUGCAAGCACUUUCUUCGCCGAACCAACAAGGGUUACCCCCAGACGCGACCGUCUCUAGCGGCGUCCAACCACCGAAGAAGGCAGUUCAGGAAGAGACUGCUAUGAUCGUCACAGAAGCGCGCAUGAUGGUGCCAGUACCCGCCUCCCUCAGUAUACUCAAGGAGAGGGUCGACCGGGAUAUUGCUUUCCACGCAGAAUCUGGAACCUUCGCCUUCCGACUUCGGUCUAGAAUUGGCGAAGCUGUCAUACCAGCCCUCGUCGAGCGAGCCACCCGCAUUGAGCGUUUGGUCGAGUUUGUUGAAGUACUUCACAAGCACGAAAAGACCCUUACGUGCGAAUCUGUUUCUCUCGGGGAGAUCGUGUUCUCAUAUGGCUCUUCCCUUACUCCUGCCUCCGCUGAGGCAAGUGAGACGGGUGGUCUGGUUCAGUAUAGGGCUGUUGUUGAUUUUGGUGCCGCCGUCAACAUCAUGACACUUUCUCUCGAGCAAGGGAAUCCGCACCUUCGAAUUGCAGAUCUCCUAGCCAAAGUCCUGAAUGGAAAUGAAGGCCUUGAUGGCGUUGCUCACCUCCUCCCACUCACACUACCCGCUUUACGAGCUCUCGAUUCUCUUGAAGCAGCCUGGACCCCGCUCUCAGACAACGGAGAGGCUUUAGUUCUCGUCAGGGCCAUAGAAUGGUAUAUCAUUCGUUACAACUUUCUUAGCGCAUCGCCCGACUCUUCAUCGCCACCUAAACCCCGCGAAGUCAUCUUCGAGAUCAAACUACAGCAACGGAAAGGCGAGCCAUGGUGGUUUGUUAGACGUACUGAUGCUCGGGAUAGGGAAGGCGAUGAUAUCGACGGGUUGCUAAAGCCGAUAUGGAAUUCGUCGGGUGAGGGUUGGAAGGGCAUGCGUGUCAAUGCUGUUGCUCAACCGAAAGGGGUCGAGGAGUUAUUACAGAAGAUUGACGAAGUAUUGAGGGGCAUGGUGUCGGAACAAAACCUAACACAAACACAACAAGCAGAGGCAGCGCCAGCGCCAGCGCAGGUACCGCAAGUGCAGGCACCGCAAAUGGCGCCCGUUGCCCCGAUGACUCCAAUGCAAAUAAAGGCUCCUCAGCGCCCGCCUUUUCAUACGUCUAAUCAGCAACGACCACAACACACACAAAAUCAGAGCCAGAUGCAAGGAAGGGGUAACCAGGUGAAGCCAGAGGUGGUGGAGAUAGACUAGGAGACUUGGGAAAGAUACAUUCAGCGGUUGUUCCAUGUGGCAUAUUGAAUAGAAAAAAGGGAAGGAGGGGCCAUAGUCUUGCAGUUUUGUUUUUUCACAGAGAAGCGAGCUCUGUUUGGCGAGGCGUUGGGAGGAUCGGACCAAUCGUCCUUGCAAUCCUUGAAUUGCGUUCGGAGUUUAAUGGCUUCAUUGGGAUAAGAGAUUGGCGGAGGGAGGAGUGGGAAGGGAC